AUGAAUAAAUCAAGUCUUGGUCCAAAAUUACUACUCCAAAUUAAUAUACAUAUAGAGGAUAGGGAUGAUUUUAUACCAGAAGAGCCGUUUAUCAAUAUAAACAAAUAACAAAAAUCUAUAGAAUCAAAAUAGAGGUAUGACACUAAGGGAAGAUAGAUAAUUAAGGGUAAAAGCUAUUCAAUUGAUUUUGAAAAUUGUGUGAUUGUUUGUGUUUAUAAUCCUACAGAAGAAGUGUUACAGAUUAAGGAAACACUUUCUUAACUUUCAAAUGUUGAAUUAACAAAUGCCAACUUUAAACAUCCUUAGAGUUUUAAUAAAUAAUAGUAGUACACUGAUUUACCUAUAAAAUCUAUACUAAAAAAAACUAAAUAAAUAGAUGCUAUAAUUAAAAAAUGA